AUGGCACGGUCACCCGCACUCGAGCAGGCACAGGCCACCUGGAACCAGAAAAUCUCCAGGUGGCCGACCGGGUCGGGUGGUGUGACGGACAGGCAAUUCAACUUCACCUCCCCUACCGAGCACGUCUUCUUAUCGUCGAUCGAGCUGCCCAACCAGCCCUCAAGCCCGCUCCCUUUCAAUUGCAGCGCAGCCUCAUCCCUUCCCACCUCCGACCGUGGCUUCAUCGAGACGACAUCCCAUACCUCCCCAUUUUCUUGCAAGCGACCACCGACCUUUUGA